AUGGUGUGCAUCAGGCGAGCAACGGUGGACGAUCUGCUAUCGAUGCAAGCCUGCAACCUCAUGUGUCUUCCCGAGAAUUACCAGAUGAAGUAUUACCUCUACCACAUCCUCUCUUGGCCUCAGCUUCUCUACGUCGCCGAAGACUACAACGGCCGCAUCGUUGGCUAUGUCCUCGCCAAGAUGGAUGAGGAGAGUAACGAGUGCCACGGACACAUCACUUCUCUUGCCGUUCUUCGUACUCAUCGGAAACUUGGUCUCGCUACUAAGCUCAUGACCGCUGCUCAGGCUGCGAUGGAACAGGUAUAUGAGGCGGAGUAUGUUUCACUGCACGUGAGGAGAAGUAACCGAGCUGCAUUUCAUCUGUACACGGAGACGUUAGGAUACAAGAUUCAAGAUGUUGAAGCGAAGUAUUACGCGGAUGGAGAGGAUGCGUAUGACAUGAGGAAGUAUUUUAAGAGUAAGCAGAACCAUCAACAGAGUCAUGGUCAUCAUCAUCAUCAACAUGGAGGUGGAUGUUGUUCUGGUGAUGCAGUAGAAACUACUCAGGGUGAAGAUGCUAAAGCAACAACGUCUAAGUGAGACUGAGAUUAUUGGGGUGUGUUCGUUGGUUAUCUCUAAUACUGCUCACUAUUUUCCCAUUCAUAUGAUUUUGCUGAGUGUCAAAAUACAUUUGGUAAACCAGUUUUUGUGUUUUCUCUGUUGUCUUCCUUUGGUUAUACUUGAUAUCUAGGCUAUCUUUGUUCUAUGUAUCAAAUGUUUCUAAAAUCUUCUACUUGCAGAUCUCUAUAUCACUACAAUACAUUUAA